AUGAUUUUUUUUGUAUUUUUCUUUAGGAAGAUGCGUUUGGUUGUUCUUCUGGCACUGUUGUUGUGCAGUGUCACUAUCUCUCAUGGUUUUGAAGACACAAAUCUUGAAGAUGAUGAUUUUGCCGAGUUUGAGCAGUUUGAAUCUAAUGAUGAUAAUGAUGCCGGUUUCAGCAAAGAAGAGAUUGAUGAUAUACCAAAAGUAAAUGCAAAGAAGGAUGAAUUUGAUACUAACUCGGUGGAAGAUGAUAUUGUUGUGGAGGAUGAAGACAAUGAAUUUGAACAUUUCCAAGAUCCCGAGGAAUUUGAAGGAUUCCAGGAAUCUCCACCCAGGAAUGCAGAACAGCCAAAAAUUACAAUUUCUAAGGUACCAAUAGUAAUGCGUCCUCGCUGGGAUGCCUAUUGGCUUGAAGGUGUGUUGUGUUGUUUAUUAGCAGCAUAUGCUCUUGUAUAUGCUGUUGGUCGCGCCAAGAACACAACCAUCGCUACCAAUUUCCUCAAGCUACAUAGACCGCUGUUGGAAGAUAAUUUUACAUUAGUUGGUGAAUCAGGUUCAGACAUGGUGCCAGAAGACCGCGGCUGGCGCCGGGAGGCAGAGCAUUGUUUCACAAUGUGGUGUUCUGGGCGACAAUGCUGUGAGGGCAUGUUGCUUACACUCAAACUCAUUAAGCGUCAAGACCUAGUAAAUGUUCUUCUUGGCGUAGUUCGACCAAAUCCUGACACGUUACUGAUAAGAGUGGAACUUGGUAAAGAUGAUAACGAUCCCUUCGUGUUAUGUGUGGCUCAGAAGAAGGUUGCCACACGACUGUCGAAGGAAAUGCAAGACUUGAGUAUGUUCUGCCCGGAACGUCGUCCCGGUGACAAACACGGUCUCCCAAGUUCUCUAUCAGUGAUGUCUGAAUGUGCUGAAGCUACAUCCGCCUUGUUGGACGCGCGUGUGGUCGCGGCAUUAACACAGUAUGCCGCUCACGUGCAAUACAUACACGUGUCUGAUAGAUACUGUGGACCGAAACAGAUGGAAGAGACAUCAGUAACAAAGCCUCCAGAGACCGAGCGUGUAUUAUUAGCAAGUCUGUCUCUGAACGGUGAGGGUGGAGGGGAUGAAGUGAGACCUCUCCUGCUGAUGAUCUUCUACAUGCUGGACAGGAUCAAGAGGCUGAGACUCAGCAAGGAGGCAUUAAGUAAAUGUGAGAAGCGGCGUCAAAAGGCAGCGGAGGCGUGGGUGAGGGGGGCGCACGCCGCGAGACAGGAGUCCGCUGCCUUAAGGAGAGAAGAGAAGAGAAAACAGGAGAAGGAGAGAAUAUUGGCGGAAGACGAUCCUGAGAAGCAGCGUCGUUGGGAGCUGAAGGAACAGAAACGUCAGCAGAAACGGAAGACUCCCAAGUUGAAGCAACUCAAAGUGAAAGCUCUUUAA